AUGAGAGAAUCGCCUCGAUGUACUAAGAUUAAGCUGGGUAAUCAACAUCUUAACGUUGUUUACCAGUAUGAAAAGCUGGUAAGCCUGUGUUUUUAUUGUGGUUUGGUGGGGCACUUGGAGAGGGACUGUAAAACUAGAUUGAGGCAUAUUGAGGAAGGGACGGUGGCGGAAGGUCAGUUCGGAGAUUGGAUGAAAGCAGUGGAGCUAGGGAGAAAUAUGGGAUCAUCUCCACCUUCACAACCAUCACAUACUUCAAAUGGCCACAGUAAUUCUCAAAAGCAAGGAGAACCAUCUUCAGCAACAAAAUACCAGGCAGAGAAUGGGAUGGGAGAAGGGUGUGAGUGGAAUGUUGCAUUAAUACCUAGGGAAGGCAGUAUGGGAAGAGGGGAGGAGAUGGAGGAUGUCCAAACUAGUGAGAAGGUUGGUGGAAGCAGAAGAAGUGUGGUGGUGGAGGAUAGAGGCAGUGUUAAGAUGCAUGGUAAGGAGGUGGUCAGGGAGUUAGAAGAGGGUGAGCAGGGGUGUGUUUCAGCUAAGAAACAAGAGGGGAAUGUCAAAACUCAAAGUGGGGCUCAGAAUGUCCCUGUGUGGAGGAGGAAGGGACAUGCCAAAGAGAGACUCAAUAGAACUGAUAGUCCAAUGGAGAUUGUUCCAGUUCAGGGGAAUGUCCACCGGCGGUGUGGCACUCCAUGUUUCUUUUUCUUCAUCUGUUUGGGUUGA